AAUGAAUGCGUAUUAACGCGACGUCGUCAAAUCACAGCCUUGACCUCAUAAACCGGUCUCCGGUUUUAUUACAUAUUGCAUCUCGCACCUUGUACUUCUGAUUAAGGGACUGGUACACGCCAAGGCAAGUUGCACUCUCUACAUUCCCCUCGGUUUAAAAUAUAGGAGUCAGUAUGGCGCGCGACUCUGCUGAAGUACAAAAUGCGCAGUCUACAGAUAAAAAUGCCCCAAAGCCAGGUUUUGCAUGGUCUACAACUACCCGGUCACACGCUAUGUACAACACACAACAACCUGUGGAUAUAGUACCGGCACUCACCAAUGGGCUCAGUGGUAAAAGCCAAUCAAACCCUCCGCUAUCAAAGCCGGUCAGCAAAAGGCGAGACACGCCCAAUGCGAAGGGCCGUGAAGCGCAACGUAUCGGUAGUCGUACGCAUGGCAUAGAUCGCACAGAAACACGUAUAAGUGGAGCGAGCAUACACGGUACGCGCUCACACACAAAAGAGGGUCAACGCUCCGGCCAUGUGCGGAGUUCAACCUCAGCGAAGAAGAAUAACAAUGACGUGGCGUCUCAACGAGGUAAGCAACUCAGUAGCAGAGCCCUGGCCGCUAGUAGAAAGGAUGCAUUCUGCGCCAAAGAUGAGACGAGUGGUAUUAACCGCGGUGCUCCUAAAAGUAUUGUCGGAGACAAAGGGCCGGUAACGAACCCCGACAGCAAAGCGUCUGGCAGGGCUGAUGGCUUAUGGAGUAGCAUAUUGAAAGCCCCCGCCCGAAAUGACGAUGGUAUCAAAUGUGUCAAAGGUGUCAAUGGUGCGACACAGAGAUCGUCGGAUACCGGAGCAACGGCGCGCAAGCCUGCAGCAGUCCCUGCAUGGCCUAGCUUGACACAGGGCAACUCCUCCGGCGCACCCCACACUUUAAAAGCAUCGGGUGCAAAUAAGUACAUUAAACAGGCACAGACGAAGCCCAAACCCGCACCAAGGAAGGCGCCGAAGAUGGGGGAGGGGCAUGCGGUAUCGCUCUUUGAUCUGGUACACAUUCGUCCAGCCAGGAUAUCAUCCCGUGCCAAAAUUUCCACACACUUAGGCUCCCAAGCACCUACAAACAGUCGAGCACACUAUAAAAACCCACUCCUUGAAGCUGCGAGUGACAAGAAAGGUAGACGUACCGCCACAGCCAAUCCGCUAGACUCCACGGCGUCUGUGCGACGCAGAGGCAAGGAGCGGCUGACGGCCAAGAAGAAACGACCCACAGCUAUGCGCAAGAUUAUACAAGCAGAUAAGGAGAAACAAAGGAAGUGGCGUACAGCAGCGGUGUUAUCUGCGACGUUAGAGGCACUCAAGCAAGCAGAAAUAAACAAACAGUUAGAAUUAGAUGCAUCCUAUGAGGUGGCGAGGCAGUCGGUAUCACCCAACCUAUCAGAAAUGAAUGAGCAGUCUGAAUCACACGAUAACUCUGGGGUGGAUGCUGUAGCAUCAACUGACAAAGAGACGACUGGGGAGGGUGGCUGCCAGCUAAUUGACGUGUUGAGCAAUGUUUCACCAUCGGAUACAGCUUACACUGGUGGAGACACUGGUUUAGACGUGGGGACAGAUAUGGGCUCUGAUAUCAAGACUGUUGCAGGUGAGAAGAACGCGCACGAUGUCAUUGGCAGCCAGGAGAUGGGUAGUCACAACAAUACAGGAGGAGUGACAGAGUGCGUUGUAGAGACUACGGUUGGUAUUGGCGUUGGUGACUUAGAGCGCGACAGUGACAUUGCGCAUCGGGAAGCUGGUACAUUUACUCUUACACCACAGAAAUCACCUCUGCCUCCAACGGAUUCUCGUACCAGUACUAUUGAGCAAGGCAAUAAUAGAGGACCUUCUCACGCGGAAAGGGCUGCGAUAGCGGAUAUACCACCAGAAUCGAGUAUCAUCAAAUCAGGACGGAUUGACACAGACAGCACUGCCCCUGCAGCAAAACCCGUUGUGGCUGGGAACAACACACCACACCCAACAGGCACUACACACACACCACCAGAUGGAAAGGGAAACAGCACAGCUUACAUCCAGGACAGAGAGGUACAAUACGCGACGCAAUACGAGGAGAAGGACAUCGCCGGGGACGUUAUAGCUACCGAAGGACAACAUCAUACGGCGCCAAAGCUGACAAGUGAAGAACCUGCCUCAGUGUCUGACAAUGAACCCAGAUCGAAUCAUAAUCACAGCUUUGCGUUCUCCGCCAAUGCUGGGGAGUUUGUGCCGAGGCGUCCUCCGACAGGACACUGGGGCCAGGAUGCCUCGCAAUCCAUGUCAACAGCUUUGCUGGAUAAGCCGCAGCCCAAAUCAGCACCAUUGAUACACACACAGAUGCCAAUCAUGCGGAAAGCCCCGCUUAUUCAGACACCAGAGCCUUCUACUCGCCCACUAUUAGGCUAUCGUAGUAUUUUAUCAGGUGCGAACCCUGUACAAACGCCACAGGUUUCGACUGUACCACGGGAGAGUGCGCUCUCACAGCCCAAGGAGCCUCAGCCACGUACGCCGUCGUCAUCACAACAAGCUAAACGCAAAAAAAAGCAGAACACGAAAUCCAGUAAACAUGUACCCAGGACUGACUCGGCUGUAGAUCACGAUGUAUCAGGACUGGCACAACCAGUUGACCAGUCAUCUCAAAGCCAAGAGUUGGCUCAUACGACUUUCCUCUCCAGGACAUCAGCAGAAGCAACUAUAAAGCAGGAGUUACAACCUGUUGCUACUGCAAAGAUACCCUCCAAAAAGGGCAACAGCUUAGGAAUAGAUACAAGCAAGCAGGCGACAUCUUCUCCGCACACGCCACAAGAUGUUAGAGUGCACACGAUGCCUGGUGAGGGCGAGUUCGCGCCAAUUACGACAGAAGGAAUCACUAACACUCACACGAACAAAAGCAAGACGAACAAGGGAAAGGGAAAGGCAAGGGCAAAGACGGGAACGGAGGGACCCGCCAAGCAUUUCCAUCUCAGCCAAUCACAACUCAUCGCUGCGCGUGUGGCAGAUCACGACUUCUUCCACCGGACUGUGACGUUGGAGAACACCUGCAAGUACAAUGCGAUCGGCAGCACUCACAGUGCUAAGUUCCGCGGCUACUGCCGUAACCGGGUCACCAAAGAGCUGUUGGCAUCAACCGAGCAGCUUACGCGGGAAAUUUCACUCAUGCAUCACAAGAAGCUCAAGGUGGACGAAGCUAAGGCAAACUACAGGAAAAGGUAUGCGAAAGGCAUCCGAGAGGUUCAAAAGGCGCUGAAGACUGGCGUGGUACGCUGCGUCAUCCUCCCUACAGAUGUAGAGAAUGUGCGUAUAGACAACGGACUGAAUGACCAGUUACGAACGCUGAUCGAUUCUUGUGCGACAAAAGGCAUUGAGGUCGUAUAUGCGAUGACCAGGAAGUCCCUGGGCGACUGCCUGAUACCAAAAGCGCCCGUCUCGGUUGUCAGCAUCCACGACUACAGCGGCACACACGUGGCCUACAAAGCACUGCACAAGGAGCUGGAGGAACAACAACGAGCUUAUGCUCACCUGAUCAAUGUGCACGCCAAGACCUGCGAUACGAAGUGCGAGGCCAGGGCGAAGCUCCAACGCGCGCAACGGGUGCAAGUUAGUGGGGAGAUACGGGUGGUGGUGGUGCAAGAGGAGAACAUUAUUAUUCAGCCGCGGCAAAAGCACGUGUAUGAGCUGUGUGUUACUGAAGCACAACUCAAAGCAGGGCAGUCGCAUAAAGCGUUUAAAGGUGACCAAGGGAAGGGCGAAGUAGCCGCCGGUUGUGAGAGCAGAUCAGACUCUCAUGAUGAUGUGGAGACUGCGACAAGCUCCGAAGAGUCAGGGAAUUCCAACAAGACAUUGAGAAUAAGCUGCGCAUUUUCAACGGAUAAUGGCGAUAUCCGUUUUGGUGUUAGUAGGCAAACGCGGGCUACAUCUGGAGACGGCGCAGAUGGGGCUGAGGUGACCACUGGCAGUGUUUCAGGAGCCGAUGUGUGUGUAGUGGAGGCCAAAAGAGUUGCCAGUGAUACCUCUCAGUGCACUUUCGAUUGGGCGUUGGAGGAAUCGGGAGUGUUUGUUCUGGAGUGGGACAACGGCUACUCACGGUCCAAGAGCAAGGUUCUGCACUUUACAAUAGAGAAACUGUGGUCUUCUUCGUAG